AUGUCGUACGAAAAGCUAUUAGAACAGCUAACCCGCCACGGCCAGGAGCAUCUAGUCAAAUACUGGCCGGAACUUAACGAAAAUGAGCGGGAACAGCUCGCUAGCGAAAUACAAAACCUCGAUUUGGAAGAAGUGAACGAAAUAUUUCGGCGCGCGACGGAAUCUACUAAAGUUAUUCUGGAAAAGUUCGACGAUGAUCUGAAGCCGAUACCGCAGGCGCAUUACGAAUCCGUACCGGGAUUGUCACAGGAGAAGGUUCUGGAAUACGAGAAUAUAGGUUUCCAAGAGAUCAGUGAUGAUAAAGUGGGUGUUUUGUUACUAGCUGGUGGACAGGCGACUAGAUUGGGCUUCGGAUACCCAAAAGGCAUGUACGAUGUCGGCCUGCCAUCACGAAAGACCUUAUUUCAAAUUCAGGCGGAAAGAAUCUUGAAAGUUCAGCAAAUGGCCGAACAGAGAACCGGCAAAUCUGGUAAAGUAACCUGGUACAUAAUGACUUCGGAACACACUAUGGGACCGACAGCAGACUUCUUUAAACAACACAACUACUUCGGUCUCGAUGAAGACAACAUUAUCUUCUUCAACCAAGGCAGAUUACCCUGCUUCGAUUUCAACGGCAAGAUAUUUCUGGAUGAGAAAUAUCAUUUAUCAACCGCGCCUGAUGGAAAUGGAGGCAUCUAUAGGGCUUUAAAAACUCAGGGAAUAUUGGAUGACAUCGCCAGACGGGGAGUAGAGCAUUUACAUGCUCAUUCCGUCGACAAUCUGCUCAUUAAAGUCGCUGAUCCGGUAUUCAUUGGUUACUGCAAGAGUAAAAACGCUGAUUGUGCGGCUAAAGUUGUUAGUAAAUCGUCACCGAGCGAGGCAGUGGGUGUUGUUUGUAGAGUAAAUGGUUACUACAAAGUAGUGGAAUACUCCGAGCUCACAGAGGAAGCAGCUAAUAGAAGGAAUCCUGACGGCAAACUCACAUUCUCAGCGGGCAGCAUAUGCAACCACUACUUCUCGGCUCAGUUCCUACAGAAAAUAUGCAAUUAUGAAUCAAAACUGAAACAUCACAUAUCAAACAAGAAGAUUCCGUACAUCGACGAGAAUGGCGUCCGCGUGAAGCCUUCAGAACCUAACGGAAUCAAAUUGGAGAAAUUCAUUUUCGACGUGUUUGAAUUCGCUGAAAACUUCAUAUGUCUAGAAGUAGCGAGAGAUGUUGAGUUUUCCGCAUUGAAGAACGCGGAUUCAGCUAAAAAAGAUUGCCCCUCAACCGCGCGGGAAGACUUAUUAAGACUGCAUAGAAAAUAUAUCAGAGAAGCCGGUGGUAUAAUAGAUGAUAAUGUAGACGUAGAAAUUUCACCAUUACUCUCCUAUGGAGGCGAAGAUCUUAAAGAUCUUGUAGAAAACGAAGUAUUUGUUAUAUCUCCAUUCCAUUUAAAGAGUAUGACGGAAUCUUCUAGCAACGGCGUCAAUGGCAACCACUAG